ACCGACUCGGGGGGCUUGGGGCCAGGAAUUAGCGGGUGGGGAGGAGCGACCCCGCCGGCCCCGGCUUCCCUGAGCCGCCUCGGCCCGGCCUGCCCCUGAGCCUUGCGGGAGUGAGGCCGGGGAGGAGGUGGCCUCCCUCGCCCCGCCCCUGAGGCAGCGGGAGCCAAGAUGGGGCGCCGAGCUCAACAGGAGUCAGCUCAAGCCGAGAAUCAUCUCACUGGCAAGAAUUCCUCUUCGAUUCUGACUGCAGAGGCUCCCCCUCCCAAGCCACCCCGCCGGCAAGGAGGCUGGGCAGAUGACUCCGUGAAGGCUUCCAGGUCAGGAAGGAGGGCUUCUGAAGAAAUAGAAGAUCACCGUCUCAGACAGCAGAGCCUGGAUGGACCAGAUGAUGGAGGAGAUAUUCCUGUUAUUCCGGACCUGGAAGAAGUCCAGGAGGAAGACUUUGUUUUGCAGGUGGCGGCCCCUCCCAGCAUCCAGGUCAACCGGGUGAUGACCUACCGUGACCUGGACAAUGACCUCAUGAAGUACGCAGCCUUUCAGACCUUGGAUGGAGAGAUCGACCUGAAGCUCCUCACCAAAGUCCUGGCGCCGGAGCAUGAGGUUCGAGAGGAUGACGUCAGCUGGGACUGGGACCGUCUGUACACUGAGGUGUCCUCAGAGCUCCUCAGCGAGUGGGACGUGCUGCAGGCAGACAAGGAGGACCCCGUGGGACAGCCCUCGCACACCUGAGCCCGGGGGUCACUCUCCCUGCACGCGGUCACCUCUGCUUUGGACUCGAGACAGAGGCCAUAAACCUAAAACUAAAGAAGUUUGCAAGCAGCUCAGAAUUUUUAUAUGGACUAUUUUGUAAUAAAAAUAUCUAUUUUCAGUAGACCGCAUUGGAUCGUUCGACUGUAAGAAAUUGCUUUUUUUUGUAGCCCUCUCUUCCGUUUCUUUCCAGCACUCCCUUGGAAAGAUUCAUCAAGAGUGAAGGAGGGCAUCUCUCCCCAUCGUUGAAGCUUGGGAGGGAAAGCUAGAUUCAGGGGGAGAAGCAGUGGUGCUCCUGGAAGCCGUUCAGUUCACAGAGGCCACAGCAGCUCCCCGGAGCAUCUACCUGUGACCACCUGGACGCAGGGAUACGGGAGGUGGCAUGCGGCUGCCUGCUGGGGUCCUGGGGAGGGCCUGGCCACAUGCCUUUCUCACUUUGGACGGUCAGUUAUGUUGGUGAAGUUGCACUGUCUCCUUCGAGCUUUCAGUGGGGGUGAUCAGAUGACCCAUUGCCCACGUCAGGGUUUGGUGGCUCUUCUGACAGCACGCCCCUUUCCCCCCUCUUCCUGCAACCCAUGCCUGGGGCUCCCAAAGCACAUGUUUCCUUUCUGCCACAGGUUCCCAGGGCCUUGUUUCUGGUUCUCAUUAGCAGGGGCCAGCUCAGCAGCCCUGAGAUGUCCGCAGAAGCACUCUCGCAGGGAGCCUGGGCCCCCCCGGACCUUUCAGAGGUGUAGCUGUUUGUCUCCGUUGCUCCCCCAAGCAUCAUCACUGCCUGUUUCCAAGAUGUGCCAAGAUCUGGAGCAGAGCCCAGUCCUUUUUCUAAACAGAGACAUCUUUUGUUUUUGUUUUUCUCAUAACUCCCCAAGACACCUCAUCUGAGGACAGGACGUCUCCCUGCCCGCCUCUCCUAGAUGCCACUCUGGAUCAGGCCCGCGCAGUCUGGCGGCAGCUAACCAAGCCCCACUCCUGGCCGUGGGCAGUGCUGAGUGCUGUUCUCACCCUGCCUGGAAAGCCCUUCAUUAAAAUUCAGAAAAACAAAGAGGCUCAACACUUCAAAAACACACUGGGGGUUAUUUUUGUCUGACUACGGUGCCCUUCCCUGGUGAGCCACCGGCUCUGGAGCAGGCAAAGAGAAUACUUGUCUGUUAAUUAUAAACUCAGGGAUUUAGUGGCUUUGGGGUCUCGUUUCCUCCUUUUCCAGAGUCACACUUUUAGCCCAGACAGCCCCUCUUUGGAAUAAUUCCCGUGGUCACUGAGAAGUUUCUGUCCAGGCUGGUUUUUCUUGAGCCUGCAAGACUCUGGAACCCAAAGGAGGAAUUGCUAGAUUUCGAGUACCUUAAUCACUGGCAAGUUCAACUGCCUCAGGACCCUGAUAACCUUGAGGGUCUUCAGCCAGCUCGAGCAGGGCCUGGGGGUUGACUCCCUUCCUCCCUUUACUUCUCAGACACCUUUAUGUUCCAUCCAGCAUUGUCGCCCACCCAAGACUUCAGGGGGCCUCCCAAGAAGAUGGCCCAAGAGGGAUGACAGAAUGGACGAGCUUCGACAGCAUCUGUCGUGGUGACCUGGACCGGAGGGGUCAGCGAGAGAGGGGACCAUGCCAGCGCCGAGCAUUAGCCCAGAAUUCCCGGGCCACAGAGGCUUUUGGCUCCCACAGAAUGAUGGCUGGCCAGCUCUCCCAGCAGCAUCUGCUGCAGCUGCAGCAAACAGUGCUGGGGGCGGGGAGGGAGCGCUCCCCACAAGAGAACACCUGCUGUGAAGGGGCUGGACGAAGACCAGAAAGAGUCCUGCAAAAGGCUGUCUCUUCCAGAUCUCGGGCUGCAGUGGAUUCAACCCGCCAGCCACGUGUCCUGCCAGCAGACUGGAG